UGUGGAAAAAACAAACAAACAAAAUGUCUCUGAAGACGGCGAGCACCACGUUGUCUCGUGCACUGUGGACCAGGGGCAACAGGACCCCUCCUGUUGGACGGUCCCCUAAAGGGAGCAGACUCUCCUCCACAUCAUGCAGGGAGCUCGGAGGGACCACGCUGCGGCAGGAGGAGAAAAACAACCAGAGCGGAGGAGAGCAGAGCUCYCAGUCGUCUCACGGCAGCGGAGAGCCCCCACACAGUCCGAGCGGGGACAAGAGGAGGCUGAAGGAGGCGGUGGGGGCUCCGGGGGUCCCGGGAGUGAGGAGACGGUGCUUCACCUCCAAGGCGGCACCCAUGGACCAGACUUCCUACCUGUGGACUCGCUAUAACGACAUGAAGCGGCUUGUUUACGACCUGAUCCCACCAGGUGCGUGUAAAAGCCUCAACUCCGCGGUCAUCUACGCCAACAAUGAAGUCAACCUGUCUGAAGUGGACAUCUACGGCUUUGAUUAUGACUACACUUUAGCCCAGUACUCCAGCACUCUCAACAAACUGAUCUACGACACCGCAAGGGGCUUCCUGGUGGAACACUUUAAGUACCCCAAAGGCAUCGCUAAAUAUGAUUAUAUUCCCAACUUUACUGUCCGGGGGCUUCACUAUGACAUCCAAAAGGGUCUUCUGAUGAAAAUCGAUGCCUUUCAUUACAUUGAGCCAGGAACAGUGUAUCGGGGUCUGAGUCCAUUGCCUGAUGAGGAGGUUCUUAAGCUSUAUGGGGGGACCUUCCAUGUCCCCCUGCAGCAGGACAGUGGUUUCUAUGGAAAGGGGCCGAAAGUAAAGCAGUUCAUGGAUGUUUUCUCCAUCCCUGAGAUGACUCUCUUGGCCGUGGCGAACAACUAUUUCAUCACCAAYGAUAUUGACUACGAUCCAGUCCACCUCUUUAAGGACGUCUCUGAAGCCAUCGGCAUGGUUCACCUCAAAGGCUACAUGUACAAAUGGGUCAUGCAAGAUAUGGACAAGUUCAUCCUGCGAGCCAAAGAGACCGAGUCUGUUCUGAACCGACUGGUCAGUCAUGGAAAGAAGCUUUUCCUCAUCACCAACAGCCCCUUCAGCUUUGUGGACAAGGGGAUGACGCACAUGGUGGGGAAAGACUGGAGAGACUUCUUUGACGUUGUGAUUGUGCAGGCAGAGAAACCUCACUUCUUCACAGAUUGUGUCAAACCUUUCAGGCGCUUGGAUGGAAAUGGAGACCUUCGAUGGGAAAAGAUCACCAGUUUGGACAAAGGACAGAUGUACAAGCAGGGGAACUUGUUUGACUUUCUCCGACUGACCGGCUGGCGAGGCUCAAAGGUUCUUUACUUUGGAGAUCAUCUUUACAGCGACCUGGCUGACCUGACGUUGCGUCACGGCUGGCGAACUGCGGCCAUCGUCCCUGARCUGGAGCACGAAACCAAAGUGGUGAGCGCUCAGCAGUACGCGACCACGCUCACCUGGCUGCAGGCUUUAACUGGACUGCUGGAGCGCCUCCAGAUUCAUCAAGACCCGGAGUCUAAAAAAGUGUUUCAGGAAUGGCAGAAGGAGAGAGAGGAGCUGCGGGUGAUGACGAAGAACCUGUUCAACCCYCAGUUCGGCAGCAUCUUCAGAACGUGCCACAACCCCACCUACUUCUCCCGGCGCCUGGGCAGGUUCUCCGACAUCUACAUGGCRUCUCUGAGCUGCCUGCUGAACUACGACCCGUCCUACACCUUCUACCCCCGCCGCACCCCGCUCCAGCACGAAGCCCCGCUGUGGAUGGACCAGCUGUGCACGGGCUGCAUGAAGACGCCUCACCUGGAAGACAUGUCCCACAUACGCUGAGAGCGGUCUGGGAAGCACUYGAYGAGGCUGAUGGACGUGGUUCGUUUAACGGGGUUUGGUUUUUAAUCCAAGAAGACGCUGCACACGUCCCUCCACUGGAACCCUCAUCACCGACCUGGUCCUCGGUGAAUCCACUGGAGGGCGCUGUACACCUGCAAGUCGCUAACAACCAGAGGACCCGUCAACGAUUUGUAUCGCAAGAUUGACAUUCGGUUCUCUAGAGGAAUCUGUGGAAGUUGUGUUAUUCAGAGCUGCCGACGCACAAUAUGAAACGAGUAAAUGACCCAAAUCUCUCACUAUGUUUCUCUUGUUAAGACCGUUCAUGUAAUAAUAUGUACAGUUCAGCGAAAUACCUCACUAUAUUAAAUGGAACAAGGCCCGGGGUGAAGUUUUCAUGAUUUAAUAGGCGCAUGCAGCUUAUACGUGUUUCCAGUCAUUUGAUUGGUUGCCUGGUUGCUAGGCAGCACAGCCUCCAGUCAUCUGUGAUUCAGUUCGCAUCAUAAAUUCAUUUGAUUCCUGCCGCCCGCCUGAACACAGCAGCCAAGGUACCGUGUUCUGUCUGUUACACUACAUGUUCUGGUGAAUUAUUGUUUGUUUUUAUCGAGUUGUUCCAUCCAGGAAACCAAUGUUUUAUCGUCUGAUACUUUGUUUUAAGCAGUGUAAGAUUGUUCUUGUGACGAUGAUACCAAUAAACACUUUGAGAACCAGA